AACACACACCAGUUCCCCGCGCCUCGUGGUCAUCCAGCAAAGUGUUCGACAAUGGCUCUCGCGGCGGCGACGCCGAGCUCUGGGAACCAGGGCAGGUGCUCACCGCAUCUAGUGUUCAUCCCGAGCGCCGGCAUGGGCCACCUCCUCCCUUUCACCCGCUUCAUCGCCGCUCUCGCCGACACGGGAGGGGUGGACAUCUCCGUGGUCACCGCCCUGCCGACGGUGUCAGAGGCUGAGGCCGACCACUUCACCGGCCUCUUCGCCGCCUUUCCCGCCAUCCGACGCAUCGACUUCAACCUCCUGCCGUUCGACGAAGCCGCCUUUGCGGGCACCGACCCCUUCCUCCUACGGUGGGAGUCCCUGCGCCGCUCGGCUCACCUCCUCGGCCCUCUGAUCGUCGGGAACACCCAGCGCGCGUCGGCCAUCGUCACGGACGUCACCUUGGCUUCCCAACUAAUCCCGAUAGCUAAAGACGAUCUGCACCUUCCAUGCCACAUCCUCUUCAGCUCCUGCGCAACCAUGCUGUCGUUCCUCGCCUACUUCCCCACCUACCUCGACGGUGCCAGCACAAACCACCUUGCCGGCGACGUCAACAUCCCCGGCAUUGGUCACGUCCCGGUGGAUUAUCCCCCGCAGGUGCUGCGCAACCCCGACAGCCUCUUCACCAAGCAGUUCAUCGCCAACGGCCGUUUGAUCGCCGAGGCAGACGGCAUUCUGGUCAACACGUUCGACGCCUUGGAGCCGGACGCACUCGCUGCCCUGCGCAGCGGCAAGGUCGUUCCCGGAUUCCCGCCGGUGUUCGCCGUCGGCCCGCUCAAGUCGACGAGCACGACGGGGACCGAUAAUACGGUGGUCGGCGCGUCAUCACCUAUUGCAUGGCUCGGCGAGCAGCCGGUGCGAUCAGUGGUGUACGUGGCGUUCGGCAACCGUAGCGCCGCGGCGCUGGAGCAGAUCCGUGAGAUCGGCGCUGGGCUGGAGGCCAGCGGCUGCCGGUUCCUGUGGGUGGUGAAGACGACGGUGGUGGACCGCGAGGACACCGCCGAGCUGACGGACGUGCUGGGCGGCGGGUUCUUGGGCCGCGUGCAGGGGCGUGGGCUCGUGACCAAGGACUGGGUGGACCAGGAGGCGGUCCUGAAGCACCCCGCCAUUGGGCUGUACCUCAGCCACUGCGGGUGGAACUCUGUGACGGAGUCGGUCUUGUAUGGUGUGCCGAUGCUGGCGUGGCCGGCGUUGGGCGACCAGCGGCUGGUCGCGACGGUGAUAAGGAGCGGCGGCUUCGGGCAGUGGAUGGAGCACUGGAGCUGGGAGGGGAACUCGGUGGUGAGCGGGGUGGAGAUAGGGGAGAUGGUGAAGCAGGUGAUGGGAGAUGAGGCGAUUUCGGCGAGGGCGGCCAAGGUCCGGGAGGAGGCCACCAAGGCCGUCGCCCAAGGUGGCUCCAGCUACCUCAACAUGCAGGAGUUUCUUGCCACGCUCAAGGCUACUUAGCGCUGUUGGGUACCUCUCCUCAAUGGACUGUUUGUACGAGUACGAGCUGUUGCUCUCCUUCGAUCGCUAGGUUUUUACAAAAGAACGUGUCACGUCUGUAUUCGCAAAAAUAAGUGUCACAUCUGAAACUGA